CAACCUGAGCAAACACAGCAGCCCGAGUGUUCCCAAGGCCAAAAUGCUGAGAACGUCCACUCCUAAUCUGUGUGGUGGUCUGCAUUGCCGGGCCCCCUGGCUCUCUUCUGGCAUUCUCUGCCUCUGCCUCAUAUUCUUGUUGGGCCAGGUGGGCUUGCUGCAGGGACACCCCCAGUGCCUGGAUUACGGGCCCCCUUUCCAGCCCCCUCUGCACCUUGAGUUUUGCUCUGACUAUGAGUCCUUCGGCUGCUGUGACCAGCACAACGACCGCCGCGUCGCUGCCCGGUACUGGGACAUCAUGGAAUAUUUUGAUCUGAAGAGACAUGAGCUGUGUGGAGAUUACAUUAAAGACAUCCUUUGCCAGGAGUGCUCGCCCUACGCAGCCCACCUCUACGACGCCGAAAACACCCAGACGCCUCUCCGGAAUCUCCCGGGCCUCUGCUCUGAUUACUGCUCUGCCUUCCAUUCUAACUGUCACUCAGCCAUUUCCCUGCUGACCAAUGACCGCGGCCUCCAGGAGUCUCAUGGAAGGGACGGUACCCGCUUCUGCCACCUCCUGGACCUUCCUGACAAGGACUAUUGCUUCCCUAAUGUCCUGAGGAACGACUAUCUCAACCGCCACCUGGGCAUGGUGGCCCAAGAUCCUCAGGGCUGCCUGCAGCUCUGCCUGAGCGAGGUGGCCAACGGGCUGAGGAACCCCGUCUCCAUGGUCCAUGCUGGGGACGGCACCCAUCGCUUCUUUGUUGCCGAGCAGGUAGGAGUGGUGUGGGUCUACCUCCCUGAUGGGAGUCGCCUGGAGCAACCCUUCCUGGACCUCAAGAACAUCGUGUUGACCACCCCAUGGAUCGGGGAUGAGAGAGGCUUCUUGGGGUUGGCUUUUCACCCCAAAUUCCGCCACAAUCGCAAGUUCUAUAUUUAUUAUUCGUGCCUGGACAAGAAGAAGGUAGAAAAGAUCCGAAUUAGUGAGAUGAAGGUUUCUCGGGCUGAUCCUAACAAAGCUGACCUGAAAUCAGAGAGGGUCAUCUUGGAGAUUGAAGAACCAGCCUCAAACCAUAAUGGCGGACAACUUCUUUUUGGCCUGGAUGGCUAUAUGUACAUAUUCACUGGGGACGGGGGACAGGCUGGAGAUCCCUUUGGCCUGUUUGGAAAUGCUCAGAACAAAAGUUCCCUGCUGGGAAAAGUUUUAAGGAUCGAUGUGAACAGGGCAGGCUCAGAUGGCAAGCGGUACCGAGUCCCCUCGGACAAUCCAUUUGUUUCUGAGCCAGGGGCCCACCCCGCCAUCUAUGCCUAUGGGAUCAGGAACAUGUGGCGUUGUGCUGUGGACCGAGGGGACCCCGUCACGCGCCAGGGCCGAGGCCGGAUAUUCUGUGGGGACGUGGGCCAGAACAGGUUUGAAGAGGUUGACCUCAUUGUGAAAGGUGGAAACUAUGGCUGGAGAGCAAAGGAAGGGUUUGCAUGUUAUGACAAAAAACUUUGUCACAAUGCCUCUUUGGAUGAUGUUCUGCCAAUCUAUGCUUAUGGCCAUGCAGUGGGGAAGUCAGUCACUGGAGGUUAUGUCUAUCGUGGUUGUGAAUCCCCAAAUCUCAAUGGCCUGUAUAUCUUUGGAGACUUCAUGAGUGGUCGACUUAUGGCUUUGCAGGAAGAUAGAAAAAACAAGAAAUGGAAGAAGCAGGAUCUUUGCCUGGGCAGCACCACGUCCUGUGCCUUCCCAGGGCUGAUCAGCACCCAUAGCAAGUUCAUCAUCUCCUUUGCUGAAGAUGAAGCAGGGGAGCUGUAUUUCCUGGCGACCUCUUACCCAAGUGCCUAUGCACCACGUGGAUCUAUUUACAAGUUUGUUGACCCCUCAAGGCGAGCACCCCCAGGCAAGUGCAAAUACAAGCCAGUGCCCGUGAGAACCAAGAGUAAGCGGAUCCCAUUCAGACCACUCGCCAAGACAGUCUUGGACUUGCUAAAGGAGCAAUCAGAGAAAGCUGCUAGAACAUCUUCCAGUGCAACCUUAGCUUCUGGCCCAGCCCAGGGUUUGUCUGAGAAAGGCUCCUCCAAGAAGCUGGCUUCUCCUACAAGCAGCAAGAACACAUUGCGAGGGCCUGGUACAAAGAAGAAAGCCAGAGUGGGGCUCCAUGUCCACCAGGGCAAGAGGAGGAAGAGCCUGAAAAGCCACAGUGGCAGGAUGAGGCCAUCAGCAGAGCAGAGGCGAGCUGGCAGAAGUCUCCCUUGACCUAUUGGUCAAGGUGGCCGACAGGGUGACGUGAGAGAGGAGAGCCACCUCAUCAAAUGAAAGUCACUGCUGAGUAAAGACCUUAGAAGUCUGGGAAGCCAGGGUAGAGGUGGGGCAGGGCGGUUUUCCUCUCCCUGGGAAAUCUUGCUGUCUACUGAAUAAAUAAACGCACCUUCUCUG